UCGCUGCUCUUAACUAGCAGAACGAGAGCUGUUCGCGAACGAGUCGUUUUGACAUCCCUAGUUCCAAAGCGCAUUCCUAUUUCCAGCUUCUGCAAUUCAUCUGAAGUUAGCCUUCCUCCGAUCGGUCUCUCUCGAGUCCUAUACGUCGAUGGCGGGAAUUUUAGCUCGUCGCUCGCUGGAAGUUUUCCGUGCUCGACAGGCGGCGGUUCUUGCUGGAGCACCUGCAUCAGCUAUAUAUGCACGAGGGCUUGGCUAUAGUUCACAUUCUAGACACACAAGAUUAAUGAUUAAAGCGGAUGAGGAGAGAGAGCAGAUAGCAAAGGAAAUUGCCAAAGACUGGAGUGCUGUUUUUGAUCGCACUAUAAAUACACUCUUCCUUACCGAAAUGGUUCGGGGUCUCAUGCUGACCCUGAAAUACUUCUUUGAUAGGAAAGUCACUAUAAACUAUCCUUUUGAGAAGGGACCUCUAAGUCCAAGAUUCCGUGGCGAACAUGCUCUACGCCGCUAUCCUACCGGAGAGGAGCGCUGCAUUGCUUGCAAGCUUUGUGAAGCUAUUUGCCCAGCACAGGCAAUCACAAUUGAAGCAGAAGAGCGUGAAGAUGGCAGCAGGAGGACCACAAGGUAUGAUAUCGACAUGACGAAAUGCAUCUAUUGCGGCUUCUGCCAGGAAGCAUGCCCUGUCGAUGCCAUUGUUGAAGGUCCUAACUUUGAAUUCACUACUGAAACCCAUGAGGAGCUCCUGUAUGAUAAGGAGAAAUUACUUGAGAAUGGGGACAGGUGGGAGACCGAGAUUGCUGAAAAUCUUAGAUCAGAGAGUCUCUAUCGCUGAGCUCCAACCUAUUUUGCUUCUCUUGUUAUUGCCUUGAAAAUAAGGCAUUCACGGUUGAAUGCUGUAAAGAUUAGUGCUUUAUGAAUAUGCCUGCCGUAAAUACUUCCGAUGUCGUAAAGUAUCAACAACAUGCAUUGGCUAACUACUUAGACUACCAGAGUUCUUCCCUUCCGUAUUUCAGUGAUAAGCUGGGACAAAAGUAUUUUGGAGACUUCAUUUGAUAAGUUCUCGCAAACCUGGCAUUGCUUUGGAGUCUGUUUCCUGACUUUAGUGAGAGGCGAAUUGACCGUUAUAUUAAAUCAUUUGGUUUUUAAGUUAUUGGAGGAGUUUGCCAUCAUUUAUAAUUUGGUUGCUAUUUGGUAUUUGUGUGCAGAUAAAUUUAAGUUAUUUAAAUA